ACUCGGCUCUUUUCGCUGAUGCGGGAGGCUGAGGGGCCGCCGCCACUAGAGAGACGCUUUCCUUUUCUAUUUUUUUUCCGUGUGUUCACUUCCGGGUCCGGCGUCGAUCCGGAUGCCCGAGGCAGAAGGAUGUUUGACCUCCGGAUAAGUGAGGCACCGCUGUGCAUUCAUUCCAGGCUGCAUCGGUGGCGACAGCAGCGGCUCGGGCGGCGACUCUCCGGCCACUGGCGGCGGUAGGAGGCACCGGCAGUAGUGCGGGGACCGAGUCCGAGCCGAGCUGUGUUACCUCCCUCGCUCAUUCCUUUCCCCCUACCUCGCUCAUCCCUCCCUGCGUGGCUCGUUUUCCUCCUCCGGCCGCCGGCGCGUCUGUUGUGCCCCCGCCGCUGCCCCCGUCGCCGCUGACUGACGGACCUGGGGGCGCCGCCCGCGCCCGGACCGACCCCGCCGCUCGCGACAGCGCCUCUGAGAUGGUAUACCUCAAGUUUACUAUUUUGGCCCUUGUGGUAAAUACAAUGCUAUGGUGCUGGAACUGCUGGGACCCAGUUUGGAAGACUUGUUUGACUUAUGUGACAGAACGUUUUCUCUUAAAACAGUUCUCAUGAUAGCUAUACAACUGAUUUCUCGCAUGGAAUAUGUUCAUUCAAAGAACUUAAUAUACAGGGAUGUAAAACCUGAGAACUUCUUAAUAGGACGACCAGGAAAUAAAACCCAGCAAGUUAUUCAUAUUAUAGAUUUUGGUUUGGCAAAGGAAUAUAUUGAUCCAGAGACAAAGAAACACAUACCAUACAGAGAACACAAGAGCCUUACAGGAACAGCUAGAUAUAUGAGCAUAAACACACAUUUAGGAAAAGAGCAAAGUAGAAGAGAUGAUUUAGAAGCUUUAGGUCAUAUGUUCAUGUACUUUCUGAGAGGCAGUCUUCCUUGGCAAGGCUUAAAGGCUGACACAUUAAAAGAGAGAUAUCAGAAAAUUGGAGAUACAAAACGAGCUACACCGAUAGAAGUGUUAUGUGAAAAUUUUCCAGAAGAAAUGGCAACAUAUCUUCGUUAUGUAAGAAGGCUAGAUUUUUUUGAAAAGCCAGACUAUGACUACCUAAGAAAGCUUUUUACUGACUUGUUUGAUCGAAAAGGAUAUAUGUUUGAUUAUGAAUAUGACUGGAUCGGUAAACAGUUGCCUACUCCAGUGGGUGCAGUUCAGCAAGAUCCUGCUCUGUCAUCAAACAGAGAAGCACAUCAACACAGAGAUAAAAUGCAACAAUCCAAAAACCAGGUCGUAAGUUCUACAAAUGGAGAGUUAAACACAGAUGACCCUACUGCAGGACGUUCAAAUGCGCCCAUCACAGCCCCUACCGAAGUAGAAGUGAUGGAUGAAACCAACUGCCAGAAAGUGUUGAACAUGUGGUGCUGCUGUUUUUUCAAACGAAGGAAAAGGAAAACCAUACAGCGCCACAAAUGACUCUGGACGCAGACAGAUCCUAGGGAGUUACUUACGCGUUCAUGUGCUGUCUUGUGAUUAAAUCAUCUCUGUAGUGACCACAUAUAUUUUCAAGGACUCACUAUUAGAAACAAAAAUGUCAUACUUUCAUACUUCAUUUUGUGGUUGUCUCACAUUCAUAUUUUUUUCUAAUUUAACUUUUAUGGAAGCUUUAAAGUUUUGUCAAAACAUGAGUACUUUGCCCAUCGAUGAAUGGAAUGGACCAGUAAGGUGGUAUUGAUGAAUACAGUUCUAUAGAACAUUUUUUAGCAGCUCUUCUCCUAUUGUAGAAAGCAGUACAGUAUCUUAAAUGUCAACCAGUUAUAUGCCCAAUUUGGUUUUUUAUAACUUCUGUAAGAGCAUAAUCAAACAGGAAUUUUUUUCCCCAGCAGAUAAUGCCACAGAGAAAACAGCAUUGCUCAAAUGUUUAAAAGAAGUUAUUCCUUGAGAAGUUCAUAUUUUGUGACAUCUGCAUUGAUUUCAGUAUUACCGAUGGUACUGUUAUUCAUGAGUCAUAUUAACAUUCUCUCUGUGAAAUCGUGGUAUAGUCACCGCCCAGAGGUACUGAGGAAAAAGCUUUGUGGGUUUGGCGGAUGGUAGUGGUAAAAUGAAUCGUCAGUAGUGCGGUAAAUAUGAGCUCUGCUUUUGUUGUACCACUGUGUGAAGUACCGUGAUGCAGAAUUGGCAAAAGUGCUUAUUUUUAAAAAUGCAAAAUAUUUGUAUAAUGUAACUUUAUGCUUCCAGAUAAUAAUGUAUGUUAGACAGCAAGAAAUGAAUACUUUAAGAAGUGAUAUAUGUUGGAGUUUUAAAGAAAUACACUAAGGAGAAGAAAUAAAUGUGAAACUUGUUGCAAUGUAAAAGGUUGAAGCCUAAGGAGAUCCCACUGAAACCUACUGCUGAAUGGUUACAUUCUCCCUUAAGCAGAAAACUUUGGAUGUGCCAUGCAAUGGUGUCUGUUUUUAUUAAUUAUUUUGCUCUUUGAUAAAAAAAUAACCCCAGCAAUAAAAACUGGGUUACUCUCUUGCCUAUGUGAGCAUUAGUCUCUUGUAUUCAACUUUGCUGUUUCUCUGGAAUUUUCCUACUCUUUAGCAUAAUUUUGAUGAUUGAAAAAUAUUUUGGAGAGGAUGGGUCAGGUGCUUUGCCUCCAUAGUCUUUUGAAGUGCCUGCAUAUGAACAAAGAAACAAUUCUGUAAAAAAAGGAAGCCCAUUCCACUUUUCAAAUAUGCUUUGUUUUAAGCCAUAAAGACACAGAUGUACUUUUGUCACAUUCUACUAGCCAGAAUUUUUAAGAGGGAUUAAAACAAACAAACUGUCCACAAAGAUAAUUAUGCUGAACAAAUCUCAUAUUCACUUUUCAUUUCUAAAAUUGUUACUUACUCCUUCCAUGCAGUCUUUUCUUUGUUUUUAAGUGCGUGCCUCCAGGCAUGCUUAUUUAUUUUUAUUAUCUCAAGGUAACAUUUAAAAUGUGUGUUGAAGUAAAUAAAUCCACAUUUUUUAAACUUCAUUAUUGCAUUUACAGGGAUUUAAUUGUAUUUUAUAAUUUAUUUUUCUUAUUAGCCAAAAGUUUAAUGCAUUGUUUUUGAUGAAUUAGGCACCCAUAUGAGCACCACAGAUCAGGACGUUGUUUAUCAUUGUUGCUUUGAAUCCUGUGAAUGAUCUUGAUUUUAAAGAUUUACACUCAGCUUAGGAAACAUUUGCUGUAUAAUUUGUUCAAUAGUUUCCAUUCUAUUUGUAUACUGUCAUGAUGUCUUAAACUACAGGAAUUACCUGCCGAGUUUUUAUUUUUGUUUGCUUUGAGUAAGGUAGAUGGAUGUUUUGGCCAUCAUAAUGUGAAACCACUUCUUUCUUUACAGUAUUUGACCAAAUUUGUGUGUCUAUGAUAUUUGUAAAUACAUGCGAUAUCUGUAUUUCUUAUCAUAAGUCUAUUUAGUUUUAUUCUCAGUAGGGUUUUUUGGAUUGUACAGUGUUUAUAUGAUCUGAACUCCUUAUACAUAAGAAGGUGUGUAUAUUAAUCCAAUUAUGGACUUAAAAUAUUUUAAAAGUAUAAGUACCCUUAUUUGCUGCAAAGACCAGUGUGUAGACAUUUGCUUUUUAGCAAUAUUUUUAAGUGCUCCAUUUUAAUGCCAAGGAAUAAGUCUUUUGGCAACACAAACUGGUCAAUAAUAGGUAAUGCAGGUAUGUUCAGGUUAAGCCAACAAUGUUUUGCAUUUUUAUGCUUCUUUUCUGUCAACACUAAUGAAGUCAACAUUGCCUGAAUGUCUGAAUAAUGAAACACAUCCCUGUUUAAAACUAUGUAACUGAAAAAGAAAAAAUAAAGGUAGUUUUUUUAAACUUGCUCUUUCCCAUUUCCUCUAAUCAUGGGUGAAAUAAUGCCACUCACUAAUUUAAGAUAGAAAUUUUAAAAAUUCAAUUCAUUUAGUCUAUUAUAAGUAAGAGGCAGAAUUAAAGGAAUAUGCUUUUGUUAUUUUGUUUGUUUUAUUUUGCUUUGGUCAAACCUAGUUGUAAAGAGCACAUACUAGGAAGGACAUAAGCUUUAUUUAAUGUCUUAAAUUUUUUUUUAAACUUCUUUUAACUGGUUGAUAGAGCAAUUAAUUAAAACUAAUGUCUUCUGAUAA